UAGUACAUUCAGCUGAAUUUCAUUGCUUAGUGUCUGUUACAGAAUUACUGAGCUUCUAUGACAGUAGAUUGUCAAAAAGUUUAAGGGAAGGCAAUGGGUACAACACCAAGUCGAUACGACGAUCUUUCUAAGAAUGUUUAUUUGGAGAAAUUUUGUGGAAAGAAAAGUAUCCUUCCAAAUGAUCCAUUUUGGGAUACUUUUCUGUCCUACAACAUGCGUCCACCUGUCACAAGGAACGAUCAAAUAGAAUUAGACUCUCGAUUGGAUUCAUCAUGUCAACAGUUACUUGCCAAUAAUUUAACCACUGGCAAUCUUGGCACUUUAAUACAAGUUGCUUUCACACGUGCUAACAGUUUGCUUGAACCAGUGCAAAAUCAGAAAAUCAUAUCAGCUUGGCAAGUAUAUAAUGCAUUGUUUGCCGUAAGAUGUAUAUUAAAAUAUUUAAUGGAAACAGUUGGUGAAGAAGAAAUGAUAAAACACAUAGAAGCACCCCAGUUACCUGUGCAAUCACAAUCGUCUUCACCUUACAGAUUAGAGGAUUUUUUCGAAGCAUUACUUGACAUCAUAACGAAUGUACCUUUAUGUGAACUCACGUAUGUUGUUCAUCUAGAAGCAAUAAAUUGCUUACUUGUACUACUUUCAGUACAAUUGUUUUCACAAACCGCAGCUGAAUACAGCUCCAUUUACAGAAUAGCAAUGCAUUCAUUUUCUAGUGAAUGUGCACCAACAAUAGUUUGUACAUUAUUACAUAAUUUUGUACAGCAAGAACAUGCUCCUCCAGGGUUACUUACUCAACAAGCAGGAGGAAGUAUUGUUUUCAGUAUAGCUGCUGGAUUAUGGAAUGUGAUCACAAUGGGUAUAGGUAGUAGUUUAAAAAACGUACAAGUCACAAGUAAUGGUACUUCUGAAGAUGAGGAAAGAAAGCGUGAUACAGAAACGCCACUUGCUAGUCAAUCUUUAUUACUGCUAUUGGUUUUAACGAAUCAUUGUACUGCUACACAAAAUCCUUACAGAAAUGCGCUUUUCUCUUUUGUUGACAUGCAAGAAGAUUAUUUUGCAAUGCAAGCAAAAGGCGUAUUUAAGUUUAAUUUAAAUAAAUUGUACAAUACUAUAUGUAAAAUACCAAACACGGAUGAAGUUACGUUAUUGUUGUAUAUGCUGUUACAUAGAAAUGCAAAUGUAAAGCAAGACAUUAUGAAGAGACCAGAUAUACAAUUAUUGGUAACACCAAUAUUGCAGAUAUUAUAUCAUGCUCCAAAUAAUACAUCCCAUCAUAUUUAUAUGUCUCUUAUUAUUCUUCUAAUCUUAAGUGAAGAUGAAACGUUUAAUAAACGGAUACAUGAAAUCAUGCUUAAAGGUGUCAGUUGGUAUACAGAAAGAUCGAUAAGUGAAAUAUCAUUAGGAGGUCUUUUAAUUCUUGUUGUUAUAAGAACAAUUCAAUAUAACAUGUUUAAAAUGAGGGAUAAAUAUUUACACACAAAUUGUUUAGCAGCUUUAGCAAACAUGUCUGCGCAAUUCACAUCUUUGCAUCCAUAUGUAAGUCAAAGACUGUUAAGUUUAUUUGAAACUCUUGCAAAGAAACAUGUCAGACUGGAAUCAAAAAUACAAACACAACCUUCAGUUUUUUCUGACAGCACCACCAUUACAGUUAAUGGAACUACUGCAAAUACAGAUUUGAUUCAGGAUUUAACAAUACUCGAAGAAGUACUACGAAUGGUAUUAGAAAUUAUAAAUAGCUGUUUAACUUACAGACUUGCACAUAAUCCAAAUUUAAUAUAUACACUUUUAUAUAAAAAAGAUAUUUUUCAACCAUUUAGAACACAUACUGCAUUUCAAGAUAUUGUGCAAAAUAUAGAUUCAGUUAUUAAUUUCUUCUCUUACAAAUUAGAGCAAAAGGAUCAAUCCCAAAUUGGUGUCAGUCAAGUAUUAACUACAAUACAACAAGGUACCAGCGAAUGGCCUCGUGAUCGAUUGAGGAAAUUUCCAGAAUUGAAAUUUAAAUACGUAGAAGAAGAACAACCAGAAGAAUUCUUCAUCCCUUAUGUAUGGAGCGUUGUUUGUCAAAGUGCGCUCUUACAUUGGAGCGCUGAAAACAUAAAAUUAUUUUCACCUCAUAACAAUGAGCAAACGACAAUUAUUGUUUGCUGAUAUUCAGACAGCAGCUGCUGCUUGCAGUAAUCAUAGGUAAUAAUAACUAAGAAAUAUGCGGAGCAAUAUUUCGUAAUGGAACAUGUACUUGAUAUGAAAUGGAAACAAUAUUUUGAUUAUUUAUUGUAAAAGUAAACA